GUCUAAGCCCCGCCUUUUCCUAUCGUGACUCCACGCACGCAAGCGACUCCAGGGUACGCCGCCGCCGCGCGCACUCGCACGAUCGGUGCGUGGUGACGUUGCGCCAGCGCGGGCGCCAUCCCGGAAGCGCGAGCAAGGCCGCCAGAUGUGCAGGCAGCGGAGGAGGAGGAAGAGAUGGACCUCCCGGACUCGGCCUCGAGGGUCUUCUGCGGCCGCAUCCUGAGCAUGGUGAACACAGAUGAUGUCAACGCCAUCAUCCUGGCCCAGAAGAACAUGCUGGACCGCUUUGAGAAGACCAAUGAGAUGCUGCUCAACUUCAACAACCUGUCCAGCGCCCGCCUGCAGCAGAUGAGCGAGCGCUUCCUGCACCACACAAGGACCCUGGUAGAGAUGAAACGGGACCUGGACAGCAUCUUCCGCCGGAUCAGGACGCUGAAAGGGAAACUGGCCAGGCAGCACCCAGAGGCCUUCAGCCAUAUCCCAGAGGCAUCCUUCCUGGAGGAAGAGGAUGAAGACCCCAUCCCACCCAGCACCACGACCACCAUUGCCACCUCAGAACAGAGCACGGGCUCAUGUGACACUAGCCCCGACACCGUCUCGCCCUCCCUGAGCCCUGGCUUCGAGGACCUGUCCCAUGUCCAGCCUGGCUCCCCAGCCAUCAACGGCCGCAGCCAGACAGAUGAUGAGGAGACGACGGGCGAAUAGCCCUACUGCCCGGUGCCUUGAGGGGUCUCAGGGCAGCGGCAUACAAGGUGGCAGCGGGUAACCCUGCCUUGUUCUGUCACCCAGGGCUCCUAGAGGAACAGGGCUCUCUCCCGAGGAGUGUGGAAUUCCUGGGGGGUCUUUAAUUCUGGCUCCUUCCUUCCUCAGAACAUCUCUCUUCUGCAAGACCCCUCUGCCAUGCCAGGGCACGCCCAUUCCGGCUGGAGUUGCAGGGCUGGGCACGGGAAUUUUUCCAGAGCUGAGCCUGACAUCUGCUCUGAAGAAUGCUUAAAAGGUUCCCAGAGACCGGAGCCAUAUGUCCCCCAUCCCCAGUCAGGACCUCCUUGAGGUGCACAAGCACGGUCUCCUCUGAGUUCACCCCAGCCCACCCCUGCACCCACUAAUUCUGCUUUUCCUGCCCCUUGCUCCGUAAAAGUAUCAAAUACUGUCUCCUUGGUAUCUCAAAGAGGUUUCUGAGAUAGGUAGAAGUCUUGAGAUGGAGGCUGGCCAUCCAUUCAGCCCUGAGCAUGCUGAGGCCUGUGUUUCUCUGAAUAGAGGUGUGGAACCUGAGGGGCCAGCAGGCCUCUCUGAGGGCCUCCAUGGAGCAAACGGAGCCACCUUGGGAAAGAGUUUAAUGGAAUAUUUUUGUACCCAAUGUUUACAGAUGCUGUUGGGAAGUUAUCAAUAAAAAGACACCAUUCCUAAAAAGGGAAAAGUA